AUGCCGCUGGCAGAUGCCUAUGAAACUUUGGGGUUGCGCCGCUCCUGCAGCGACGACGAGGUCAAGCAGGCCUACAGAGCUCUUGCGCUCAAGAACCACCCUGACAAGGUACAGGAUGAGACGAGAAGGCGCUCGGCAACCGUGCGCUUCCAGGAGAUUCAGGCUGCCUACGAGAUCAUCAUCGAGACUAGGACAAGGACCCUCUCUUUAGCUGCUGUUGCCCCUGCCAGCCGCACAGCGCUCAUGGCCGCUUGUGAGCGAGGCGAUCUGGCCUUAGCCAGCAGCCUUCUGGCUGCUGCCGCAGACCUCAUGGCACAGGAUGCCACGGGGCGCUCUGCCAUUCUCUUCGCCGCCUCUGCAGCCAACCUUCAGGUUCUGAGACUGCUGUUGGAGCAUGCCGCAGAUGUGAACAGCUCCAACUGCGCCGGCCACACAUGCGUGAUGUAUGCUGUCGGGGCUGGCAUGCAGGACAGCUCCAAAGCUGCGCAGCGGCUGGACGUUGUGCGCCUGCUGCUGGAUGAAGGCGCUUCUGCCAACGGCGCCACUGGAUACGGCCUUUCUGCACUGAUGCUGGCCUCGGCUUCAGGACGCGUCGAGAUGAUUGAGCUGCUGGUCCAGCGAGCUGCCGAAAUCAACGCUUCAACGGACAUCGGCUUAACAGCUUUGACCAUGGCGGCUGACAAAGGGCACGUCGAUGCAGUCAAGCUUCUGCUACGAAGCACUGCGAGCGCUGACCACCGGUACUCGAAUGGCAAGACGGCCCUCAUGGGAGCCGCUGCUUUGGCGCAUCUUCGUCGAAAGAAGGCACACAGCCGUGGUCAUUGCACUACUUGA